AUGGCCACCUCGUCGCCGUUCACGAUCGACUCGCUGCUGCGCACGAGUGCGCCGUCGCCGGUGCCGUCGCUGUCGCUGCCGCUGCUCUACUCGUCGUACCUGCUGCAGCCGCGGCCGCCUAUCUUCACCUUCCCGGCGCACCCGCUCUUCCCGAUGGGCCUGCUGAGCCCGGCGCUGGCCGCGCUGCGCUGGGAGCGCGGCCGACACGACGACGUCAAGGAGACGGAGGGCAGCCUCUCACCGCGGCCGCACGAUUUGGACCGUGAGUCCAGCCCCGGAGCGUCGUCCCCGGACGGCGCGUCCGACAAGGAGGUGGACGACAGCGUGGAAAUAAUGACAGACCACCAGACGAGCGGCCUUGGGGGGAACAAGGCACGCCGGCGGCGAACCGCCUUCACCUCCGAGCAGCUGCUCGAGCUGGAGAAGGAGUUCCACAGCAAGAAGUACCUCAGUCUGACGGAGCGGUCGCAGAUCGCGCACACGCUCAAGCUGUCCGAGGUCCAGGUGAAGAUCUGGUUCCAGAACCGGCGGGCCAAGUGGAAGCGCGUGAAGGCUGGCCUGACCACCUCCAACCGGUCGGGCGGCCCCGGCGGCCCGGGCGGCGGCGGCACCAAGAUCGUCGUCCCCAUACCGGUGCACGUCAACAGGUUCGCCGUGCGCAGUCAGCACCAGCAGCUGGAGAAGUCGGGCCAACUGGUGGGUCAGCUGCCGCCGUCGCAGCCGCUGCCGCCGCUGCACGGCCUCGCCGCCUCCAACCACCUGUCGACGGGGCUGGCCGGCUUCCACGGUCUCGGGCCGGUGAUGACCUCGCUCGGCCAGCAUUGACCUGGCCUCUGCCAACGCCCGACCGGCGGCCGGCCCGCCGCAGCGGCCUCUGGCACUGGUGAGGUGAUGGUGACGUUUGCUCCACCGCCGGACGAGAGAGGGCUGCGCCCUGCUGCGAGACAGCAGAGUCAGUCGCACGACACGAUGCCGCACCUGUGACGUGGCAGCUGCUGCGGCCGUCGGCGUGCCUGGAAACAGUGCGGCGGGGGGCUGUGAAGCGGCGCUUCAAGUGCGCAGGGCCGCGGAGGUGCGGCUAUCCGGCAGCGUUGAACCAGGUCUGCGUCGCGCAAUAGACUGUUGUGCGGCGCGUGCCCAGUGGGCGUCAAAUCGCUCCUGAGACGAAGUGACAAAAGGGGUGGACGAUGGCGCAACAACGGAGCGCUCACUGACUCGGAGCAAUGGGGGCGGAGUUGUGGUGAUCUGUGCCCCGGACGGAUCCGUGUCUCGAGUACCGGGUCCUCGUGUACCAAGUCUCUGAGAUGGGGAAAGGGUCAGAGCGCGUGUCGACCUUUCACCUGUAGCGCCCACGGCUGGUGAUGGCAAGUUCCUAGCCUGAGCUCCGGGCGGGAAGCGGAGGACAGAGGACCUGUUGUUAAUCGCCGAGAGACAACCCUGACCUGUGAACCGAGUGCAAUCUGAAUCGACGCGCACCGCCGGGGCGCUUGUGCCCGGCGAUGCCGAGGGUGCAGUAGAGAUUGUCCACUUUAUGCGGAUCUUGUGGACCGCGCGAGUCCUGGUCCCGGGUAGAAUUACCGGAAUGUUGCUGUGUAGUGAACAACUAUGAGCUUUGGUUAUGAUUACAUAUAUGUGUCCGGGAAUACACUGUGUUGUUAGAA